AUAAAAACCCAGCACAGUCGCUCGGGUCUCUCCAGAGCGCAGGCAGAACCGGAGCGGAGGACCCCCCUUGAUGCACGGCGGGGACUCGCUGGAAAACAACGUGAACAACACUGCUGAAAACCCACCGAAAAUUAUCGAUAAAGCAUCUGACCAAUCAGUGGAACUCUGCUGGAAUAUCGAUCGGAAACCUUUGGCUUGGACCACAACCACAACACCGCGGUUCCGGACAGACGAGCUCGACCCAUGGUGCCAGGCCCGGAGCAAGACUCUGUGUGUGGCUGUGUGUGAGUGUUUGAGUAUGCGUGUGUGUGACUGCCUGUAAGUGUGGUUUUUUUUUAGACUGCUGUGUGCCUUUGAGUAAGUGAACAUCUUGUGAGGAUGAGGGCUGUCAUUCUUCUGUGUCUCCUGAUGGCCGUGGAGGCAGGAGCAUCUCGAUUCAUCCGCGACUCCCAGGGAGGCUCCGAAGCGUCAGAAACCUCUAAGAACAACUCCUCCGUCCAGCUCCCGCCCCUACAGCCAGCCCGGCCUCGGGGCUCCUUCCCCCCCAUGUGCAUAAAUCCCACGGAGAUCAAGUACGCCUUCAAGUAUGUGAACACCAUCGUGUCCUGUCUGAUCUUUGUGGUGGGGAUCAUCGGCAACUCAACGCUGCUCAGGAUCAUAUAUAAGAACAAGUGCAUGAGGAAUGGACCCAAUGUCCUGAUUGGCAGUUUGGCACUGGGGGAUCUGCUUUAUAUCAUCAUCGCCAUCCCCAUUAAUGUGUUUAAGCUAAUAGCCGAGGACUGGCCGUUCGGGGUGUACGUCUGUAAGCUGAUGCCGUUCAUCCAGAAAGCUUCAGUGGGAAUCACUGUCCUCAGCCUGUGUGCCCUCAGUAUUGACCGCUACCAUGCUGUGACGUCAUGGAGCAGGGUGAAGGGGAUGGGGAUCCCACUGUGGAAGGCCGUGGAAGUCACUUUGAUCUGGCUGGUUGCUGUGCUGCUCGCAGUCCCUGAGGCGCUGGCAUUCGACAUGUUGGAGAUGCCUUACAGAGGCAACAAGCUGCGCGUGUGUCUGCUGCAUCCAGAGCAGACCAGCAGCUUUAUGAAGUUCUACCAGGAUGUGAAAGACUGGUGGCUGUUUGGCUUCUAUUUCUGCUUCCCACUGGCCUGCACAGGAAUCUUCUACACACUCAUGUCCUGUGAGAUGCUCAGCCGCAAAAAAGGCAUGCGCAUCGCACUCAACGACCACAUGAAACAGCGGAGGGAAGUCGCGAAGACGGUGUUCUGCCUCGUGUUGAUUUUCGCUCUCUGCUGGCUGCCCCUUCAUCUCAGCCGUAUUCUGAAGAAAACAAUCUACGACCAAAAUGACCCCAACCGCUGUGAACUGCUCAGCUUCCUGUUAGUGAUGGAUUACAUUGGCAUCAACAUGGCCUCCUUAAACUCCUGCAUUAACCCGAUUGCCCUCUACUUUGUCAGCCAGAAGUUUAAAAAUUGCUUUCAGUCCUGCCUGUGCUGCUGGUGCUACAGAACGUCUCCCCUGGAUGAACGAGGCUCAGGAGGACGCUGGAAGGGCUCUUGCCACGGGAACGGACUAGACCGCUCGAGCUCCCGCUCUAGUCAGAAAUACACAAGCUCUUCAUAAACACAUACACACAUACUCAUCACAAGCCGCCUCUGCCACACCCUUGUUCCCAUCAGCUCCCAUUGCGGAGAAACAGCGACGUCACUGCCAACAGACCGGGAAAGGGAAAAAUGGAGCGAGGUAGAAGGUAGAGGCAGAAGAACUGCGAUAAAAAGGAUUGACCCAAACUGAUGAUGAAACAGGACUGUACCUGUUCAGGCUGUAAUACUAACGGCAAAAACUAUGAUGCAAGGCAUAAAUCAUCAUCAUACAUCAUGCAAAAAUCUGUUCAUACUCCAACACUGAGGCUUGUGUAGAGGACUAAAAGUCUCUCAGUGGACCAACAUGGUAAAUACAUUUAAAAAAAAAUGUUUAUUAACCACAUGUAAAUUUAUGUACAGGAUUGUCUACAUGCAGAUUGCAGAUGUAUGAUUAUAUCUAGCCUUAGUGCUUCAUGUAUGAAUAACAGCACUGAUGAGUACUACCUGUUGAAGCUUUGAUACCUCAUGGAGGGGAAACAUAGACGGAAACUGUGACCCUGAGUUAUUUUCCGAAAAGCCUCAAAGGUUGCAAGUCUUUUUUCCAAAACUGCAUAAGGGUGCUUCUGCAUAUGAACGCAAUCAGUAUUAUCUGACAAUUUACUGCAUGUUGUCAUUGAGUUCCUCAACGGCCAUGUGCCCUGGUGUCAUCAUACCAGAGUAAAAUGGGCCCCACUGUGUGUCAUGUGGAGAGUCGAACAUCGGAGGUCUUUUACCCGGAAAUCAUCGCUGCUUUAAGUCAUGUGGAGGGCAGCUGUUGUUCAAGAACGCUGACAAAUACCAGAUGAUUCCCAUCAUGCUAUGCAGAAGAAGUCAUUAUUAGACCUGUUAUUAUUGCAUUAUUUUUAAGUGGUCUCUGUUUCCACUGUGUAUAAAGUCUUGACCUGUCUCUUACAAUGUAGCUUUUAUUUUUCUAAGAAAAUAUCAAACGUGAAGCUUGUUUAAUCGUCCAACAUGAGGUGUCCAUUUAUGAUUUCCAAAUAUUUCACCUCCAUCAGCGAGUGGUCAUGUUACGUAGAUGUUCCUGUGGCUGGAAAUUACUCUCAGAAUUACUUCUAAGAGCUGCUUGAGGAAUACAUGUUGUAGGAUUGACCAAUUUAAAGCUUUAGGAAGGAAAAAGAAAUCCUGUACAGCUGGAUGUUUUUUUAAGAAGUGAAUGUUUUUACUUAAUGGUCAUAGGAAUUAUUUAGGUAUAUUAGUUGUUUCCAUUAAAUAUAAUCCAGGUAAAAUUCAAGAUCUCUAAAUCAUUUAACGUAUUUAACCAUCAUUUGCGAAGGAGAGAUACAAGCUAAAGAAGGAUCCUGUAAUGAUCUAUUUCUCAUUAUGUAUGUGGGGUGCAACACAGCGAGAGAAAUUUGUUCCUAAUAUUUUAUGAUGACUUCAGUUAGGACGUCUGUGGCUACAGCUAGCUGCAAGUACCCAAUAGUCAUGCACUUGUGAUGAUGAUCUUUAAAAAGUCCGACAUGAGGACAAACUUCAGGUUGUGCCUGAUAGUAAGUCUCUUAACCUUAACUUCACCAGGCAGGUUACAUGGAUUGUGUGUUAUUGAUGACCUAGAUGAAUCAAAGUUUUCAACACUGGCAGUAGUGAGAGCAUAUACUGAUAACACAAGCACAAGAUGAACCCAUUUUAUCCGGUUGUUUUUUGUCUGUCAGUACAUUGUGACUAAGAUUGGAAACCUGGAAAGUUUUCUACAUCAAACUAAUAAGCAAAAGUGUCCUCUUUCAAAACCAAAUUUGCGCUGACGAACUAGACAAGGUGUUUGUUCACACUGAAGCCUUUUAAAGUAGACUUGAUUGAUGUAAUAUAAUAUAUUAAUUUUUCCUUUGCCACUGUAUUUGCAACAGCACUUAGAUCAUCUGAUCAUGCAGUACGUGACUCAUUAACUCAUCAUAUCUAUUUAUGCCAUCUUCGCUGUGCUUUUAGUUACAUCUAAAAGCAACUGUGUACUGGAAGGUCUGAGCAGCUUUGAGGCUGUCUUUAUAGAGGGACCACCAAGCUAAUACAUGUAGAAGUGAUGUGAGGUUGAAGAUGAAAUGUAAUGUGAAUAUCGGCCCUGGUGUUUUAAAUGACAUUUAUACAGUACUUAUUUUCUGAGGGUAUGCAGUAAUAAAUAUUAUUUUAUAGCA